AUGGCCACCAACGGCGCCACCAACGGCGCGGCGCACCCUGCCGCAGUCGACGCCUUGCCCUCGAGGGCUGACGAAGUUGCCGAGCUGCUUGAUGCCGUGCAGAAAUUGCUGAUCCCGUUCAUCCGCGCCGCCGACGAAGAUGCUGCCGCCAAGCCCACCGGCCGUGGCCUGGCAAUUGAUGGCAGCGAGCCGCGCACUGCGCUGGUCGAAUCGCACCCGCCGAAGAAGCUCGAGUCGCUCCUUGACUUGCAAUUGCCGGAGAAUGGCGUUGGGAAGGAGGGGUUGCUUGAGGUUGUGCAGCGCAUCCUUCAGUAUUCGGUCAACACUUGGGACCAGGGCUUCAUGGACAAACUCUACGCUUCCACGAAUGCUGUCGGUGUCGCGUCUGAACUGAUUCUCGCAGUCCUCAACACCAAUGUCCAUGUUUACCAAGUCUCCCCGGCCCUCACCCUCAUCGAGAAGCACACGACCACCCAGCUCGCCCGCCUCUUCGGCUUCAACGGGCCGUACGCCGGCGGCAUUUCGCAGCCGGGCGGUUCGGCGUCCAACGCUACCUCGGUCGUCGUCGCGCGCAAUACCCUCUACCCGGAGACCAAGCGCGGCGGCAUCCACGGCUCGCCGCGACGCUUCGUCCUCUUCACGUCGGCGCACGGCCACUACAGCCUGGAGAAGGCGGCGCAGAUGUUCGGAUUCGGCAGCGAGGCGGUGCGGGCGGUGCCGGUGGACGCGGACGGGCGGAUGGACGCGGCGGCGCUGGAGCAGCUGGUCGCCGCGUCCAAGGCGGCGGGCGAGACGCCCUUCUACGUCAACGCGACGGCGGGCACGACGGUCAUGGGCUCGUUCGACCCCAUCGACGCGCUCGCCGACGUGUGCGCGGCGCACGGCCUGUGGCUGCACGUCGACGGCUCGUGGGGCGGGCCGGUCGUCUUCAACGCGGGCGCGCGCAGGGAGCGGCUGCGCGGCGUCGAGCGCGCCGACAGCGUCGCCUUCACGCCGCACAAGAUGCUCGGCGUGCCCGUGACGUGCAGCUUCCUGCUGGCCCGGGACCUGCGCCAGGUCCGCGCCGCCAUGACGCUGCCCGCCGGCUACCUGUUCCACAACGACGACGCCGCGCUGCUCGACGUCGACACCAACGCGCUGUACGACCUCGCCGACCUCACGCCCCAGUGCGGCCGCAAGGGCGAGGCGCUGAAGCUGUUCCUCGCGUGGCUGAGCGCCGGCUCCGCCGGCUUCUCGGACCGCGUCGCCACCGCGUUCGACCGCGCGGAGCUGCUGCUCGCCGCGCUGGCGCGCUCGCCCAACGUCGUCCUCGUCAGCAAGACGCCGCUGCCGUGCUUGCAGGUCUGCUUCUACUACGGCCCCGCCGGCGAGCUCGCGCCGGAAGCCGCGGCGAACAGCAGGCGCACGGAGGAGAUGGCGCGGAGGCUCGUCCGGAGGGGCUGGAUGGUGGACUUUGCGCCUGGCGAGAAGGGCAAGUUCUUCAGGGUCGUGGUGAAUGGCGAGACGAGGGUGGGGACGGUCGAGGGGCUGGUGAAGGCGAUUGAGGAGGUCGGUGCGGAGGUUGUCGCAGAGGAGUAG